GUGAUGCAGCCCCGUAGUCCAGAAUUGACCAAUACGCGAUUGACAUUUGAGAUAAUCGUGACAACCUGAUGUCUGACGUGCUGUGUUGUGGAACGUAAAUCAAGUUGGAUCAGUGAAAAAAACGUUCAAAUUAACUGUGGAGAUCGUAAUUAUGAAAGAUUCAUUGAAUCAGUCAUUGCCAGCGUCCAAUGAUUCUUCAACAAUGGAUCUGAUCGUCGAUCCUCCCAGGAGAAGAUUUCCAUGUUGCAUCGUUUGGACGCCAAUACCCCUUUUGACAUAUUUUUUUCCAUUUAUUGGGCACAUGGGAAUCGCAACAUCGACAGGAGUUAUAAGAGAUUUUGCCGGGCCAUACUAUGUGUCAGAGGAUAAUAUGGCAUUUGGAAAACCAACAAAGUAUUGGCAGUUACACUACAAUAAGGCAAAAGGUGGUGCGCAAGGAUGGGAUUCUGCUGUAGGCGAAGCAAGUGAUAUAUACAAAACACGAAUGCACAAUUUAUGCUGCGACAAUUGUCACUCUCAUGUUGCAACUGCGUUGAACUUGAUGUCGUACGACAAUUCGAGACAAUGGAAUAUGGUUAAACUUGCCGCAUUGAUGCUUGUUCAUGGAAAAUAUGUUAGUUUUUGUGCUGUUCUGAAGACUUGGCUGCCGUUCAUCAUUAUUGUCAGCAUAUUUAUCUGUCUUUAUGUAUUUAUUUGAUUAGGUGAAGGUGGGUAUCUUUGAAUUAAUACAGACUGAUUGUAUA